UCCCGCCCAGGCGUCCUGAGCUUCCUCUUCCGACCAGAGGCGUGGCUGCGGCGCCCGCGGGAAACCGGGUGGAUGUUUCGCCGCUGGGUGCAACCGCGGGAAUGGCAAGCUUGGGGACCCUUGUCCUGCGGCCCUGGAUUCGAGAGCUUGUCCUGGGGUCAGAGGCACUCUCAAGUCCGCGGCCAGGGCAGCUGCUCAAGGUUCUGCAGGACGCCGAGGGCCCGGGCCCGUCCCGCGCCCCUGACAGGCCUGACGUCGGGGCUGCGCUGCUUGUGUCCGACGGGACCCACAGUGUCCGAUGCCUGAUGACGCGGGAAGCCCUAAACACCUCGGACUGGGAGGAGAAGGAGUUCGGCUUCCGAGGGGCAGAAGGCCGGCUGCUGCUCCUGCAGGACUGCGGGGUCCGAGUCCAAGUCGCCGAAGGGGGCGCGCCUGCGGAGUUCUACCUCCAGGUGGACCGCUUCAGCCUGCUUCCCACGGAGCAGCCCCGGGAAUGGGUGACUGGUUGCAACCAGGACCCGGAUGUGCAGAAAAAGCUCUAUGACUGCCUGGCGGAGCACCUUUCAGAAUCCACCUCCCCCAGUGCAGGUACUUGUAGGGGUUGUCCAAUGUCCCUAACUCCCUGUAAAGUGACCUCUCCAACCAUCACCUCUUGUUUCCUUAAUAAGCCCUCCUCCCCACCCAUGCUACCUUCCUCCUCUUUAAGCUUUGGCCCAUCCCCUGGUCCCCUGUCCCCAGGCCUUUCACUGUCCCAACUUCUGGAUGAGGUGCAGGAGGACCAGGAGCAUCGGGGGGCGCUAGUGCGCCUGGCUGAGAGCUGCCUGAUGCUGGCAGGCCCUUGCACAGCAACCCCCCUCACCCGCUGGGCCACCUCACGUCACAGGGCCACGGGAGAAGCUGUGUACACUGUCCCCAGCCUAUGGCUGCACAUUUCUGAGAAUGACCAGCGAAUCCUGAGCUCUCUGGGCCCAGAUCAGAGGGCACAGGGCCCUGAGCUGCCCCCACCAGACCCAGCUCUGCAGGACCUAUCGCUGACCCUGAUCUCUUCUCCUCCUUCCUCACCCAGUUCCUCAGGAAUCCCUGCCUUACCCAGCCACAUGCCAUCAGAGGAAAGUGGUGCCAGCAUCAGCCUUCUGCCUGCCCUGUCCUUGGCUGCUGCAGACCCAGUACAGCAGGGCAGCUCCCAGCCCCUACCAGCCAUCUGCUCAGUCCCUGGCCCCCUGACCCCCAGUUCCCCACACCCCAGCCAUGUACCCAACUCCCCCCUCAUGAGCUAUACCCCAAGUCUGUCACCCCUUGGCCAUGUCCCCAGUCCACACCAGGCCCACGUGACCAGGACCCAGAAACCCAGCCUGGAGUUCAAGGAGCUAGGGUUGCCCUCUAAGAACUGGCAGCACUCUCCAAGGACGAGAACCGCCAAGGGAGCCCUGGAGUCCAGCCCUGUCUGGGAUCCCCCAAAGAGGCAUUGUGAUGGUUCUGCCUUCCAAUAUGAGUACGAGCCACCCUGCAGCUCCCUCUGUGCCCAGGUCCAAGCUGCCAGGCUCCCUCCCCAGCUCAUAGCCUGGGCCUUGAACUUUCUGAUGGAGCCACAGCCGGAGUCUGAGCUAACCCAGUUGUGAGGGGUCCUGCGAGCAUGUGGGAGGAUGUGUGCACACAGGUCCACGCCUGGGGAUGGACAAACAGUGCUCCACGCUCUGCUUCCUUUGAGUUUUUUAAUAAAAUAAUCUCAUGCGGCAGGAAA